AUGACGCAGGGACCGUGCAAGGGCACGAACCAAUCGAGUUCAUCAGAUUCCAACCAAAAAGGCAUAAACCGGCCAAGCACAAGCUGACUUGGUGUGAACCAAUUGGAUAUGAACCAAUAGAGUGCAAACCAAGUGGAUAAACAACCAAGCAUGGGGCAAGCUGGCGUGAGGCAAUCAGGUACAAACCUACCAGACAUAAACCAACGUGUCAUGAAACAACUAGGCAGACGGCAAUUGGCUAGGAGCCAGCCAGGCAUGCUGCAACAAGGCCUAAGGCAACUAGUCCUGAAUGAAGCAGGCCUAAGCCAACCACGCCCAUCGCAACCAGGCCCAAGCCAAUCAGGCCCCAGAAAAUCCAGCUUGAAGCAAAAAGACAAGGUCAAGUCAGGUGUGCGCCACAAAGUGAUGUGGCAACUAGACAGCCCGUCAGGUGGGAGCCAACCAAGCAUGAGUCAAGUAGGCACCAGCCAAUCAGGCACAAGCCAAAUAGGCAUGAGCCAACCAGACACAAGGCAAACAGACUUGAGCCAACCAGUCCCGAGCCAGCCACACAUCAGUCAACCAGGCAUGAGCGAGCAAGUCCCCAGGCAACCAGACGCUAACGAAUCAAGUGGUAACCAAACAGGCGUGAGCGAACCAGGCACGAACCAAUUAAGUUUAUCAGAUUCUAGCCAAAUAGGCAUAAGCCAGUCAAGCUCAAGCUUACAUAGUAAGAGCCAAUCGGACAUAAGCCCAAGGACUGCAAGCGUAUGUGACAUGAAACAAGUGGACCUGAAACAACCAAGCAUGAGCCAAGCUGGCAUGAGACAAUCAAGUACAAACCUGCAAGACAUAAACCAACCUGGCGUGAAACAACCAGGCACGCAGCAAUCGGAUGGGAACCAACCAGGCAUGUGGCAACAAGACCUGAACCAAGUGGUACUGAGUGAAGCAGGCAUAAGCCAACCAGGUCCAUCUCAACCAGGCCCCCCAGUGAUGGGCGUACUAGACACGAGCCAGUCACGUAGGAGCCAACGAAGCACGAGACAAGUAGGCACCAGCCAACCAGUCCCAAGCCUACCGAACACCAGUCAACCAGGCAUGAAGCAACCAGGCACUAGGCAAUCAAGUAAGAGCCAAACGGGCUUGAGCCAUCCAAGCAGGGGUCAACCAGGAACAUGUGAACGGGGCCCGAGUCACCCAGGCCCGAGCCAACAAAAAGCGAACCAAUUAGUUGUAAGCCACCCAGGCCUGAGUCAACCAGGCAGGAGCCAAGCAAGUGUGAGCCAACUGGGCAUGAGGCAAACAAGCAUGGAUUAUUUACAAAUAAGAACUGCAAAGGCCGAAGACUGCUCAGAAAUUUUACGUCUGAUUGAAGAAUUGGCUGCCUGUGAAAACAUGCUAGGUGCGAUGAAGUUAACAGCAGCUGAUUUACUCAGAGAUGGCUUUGGGGAAACUCCACUUUUCCACUGCCUGAUUGCGGAAGCAAACAGUCAACAAAAUCCAUCAGACCAAUUGACUAUUGGAUUUGCCAUGUACUACUUUACAUAUGACUCACGGAUUGGUAAGGUACUUUACCUAGAGGACUUUUAUGUCACAAAAGCUUACCAAGGCCUAGGUAUUGGAGCUGAAAUGCUGAAGAUUCUAAGUCAGAUUGCCAUCCGAACCCAAUGUAGCUGCAUGCACUUUCGUGUCGUCAUUUGGAACAAGUCUUCUAUUGCCUACUAUACUAGUCGAGGGGCUUUAGACCUUUCCUCUGAGGAGGGCUGGCGUCUCUUCAGGUUCAACAGAGAAGAACUCCUGAAAAUCACAGAGGAAGAAUGA